UUGACCUUCAGGUCCUUCUUCAAUUGUUCCCCUCGAAACGACAGAGUAUAUAACCAUGUCCGCCGUCCGAUCCUCCAUCUUUGCUUGUGCUCCCACAACCACUCGUGGUCAGACUGUCCACCUGGACGCAGAUCCCAAAGGAGAGUCCAUCCUCUAUACCAAUGGAAAGUCUGUCUUUAUCCGCAACAUCGAGAAACCUCAUAUUGCCAAAGAAUAUACGCAGCACUCAUGCAACGUUAGCGUGGCCAAGUACGCUCCUUCUGGAUAUUACAUUGCCUCGGGAGACGAAAGGGGCAAUGUCAGAGUGUGGGAUACUGUUGGGGAUGAGCAGAUUCUCAAGUUGGAGAGCCACGCUAUCAGCGGAAGGAUCAAUGACAUUGCCUGGGACGGAGAGAGCAAGCGCAUCAUUGCUGUAGGCGAUGGGAGAGAAAAGUUUGGACACGCUUUCAUAGCCGACUCUGGAUCCUCGUGCGGAGAGAUCAUGGGUCACUCCAAGACCGUCAACACCGUCGCCAUCCGCCAGAUGCGCCCCUUCCGCGCGGUCACUGGUGGCGAUGAUAACACGCUCGUGUUCUCGAACGGUGUCCCAUUUGUCUACAACAAAUCCAUCCAAGAUCACACGCGCUUUGUUCAGGAAGUCAAGUUCAGCAGCAAUGGCGACAUGUUUGCGUCUGUUGGGGCCGAUGGGAAGAUAUUCAUUUAUGAUGGCAAGACUGGCGAUAAGUUAAGAGAACUCUCUGCCGCGGAUCGCGGCCACAGCGGGGGCAUCUUUGCGCUGUCUUGGUCUCCAGACAAUACUCGCAUCCUGACCUCCUCUGCUGAUCAGACUGCCAAGAUUUGGGAUGUAGAAACAUCUAGCGCCGUCAGCACCUUCGACCUUUCCUCGCAGGAGUCUACAUUUCACGGACAGCAGGUUGGCAACAUAUGGAAGGACAACCACCUUCUGAGUUUGUCCUUGUCUGGAGACCUCAACUACUUGGAUCCUAGCACCAGCAAGACCUCCCGUGUCGUCCAGGGUCACCAAAAGGCGAUUACGGCGUUUGCGAUCUCGGAGGACAAAAAGACGUUGUUCACCGGCAGUUAUGAUGGCCGAGUUAUGUCCUGGGAUGAGGACUCUGGAAUUGCCACGCCCUUAAAUGAGGCCAGCCAUGGAAAUCAGGUCAUGCAGAUGGUAGGCAGCGGCGCCCAACUUAUCUCUGCAGGUAUGGAUGACACCCUCCGCAUCUCGAGCAGGAGCAGCCUCAGCGAUGUGUUAGUGAUCUCGACCAAUACUCUGCCGAAGGGUGUUUCUGCCAGCGACGAUCAGACGAUUGUGAUUGCGACAGAGAGCGAGAUUCAGAUUAUCCAGAAUGGUAAAAAGAUGGAUUCGCUUUCAGUUGGAUACAAUGCCACGGCGAUUGCAAUUAAUUCUCAGGGAUCGGUCGUUGCUAUCGGCAGCCAGGACGGAAAGGUUUAUGUGAUGGGCUUGGAGGGCACCAAGUUGUCGGCGGUACAUACAUUGGUCAAGAACAGGGGUGCGAUCUCUGCGCUGGCAUUCAGCCCCGAGGGCAACCUUGUAGCGGCGGGCGAUAGCACAGGCAAGAUCUACGUGUACGAUGUUGUGUCUGGGGAGACAGCGAUUCAGCAGUGGGUCUUCCAUACGGCGCGCGUGACCUCGAUCAGCUGGUCGCCCAGCGGACAGUACGCUGUGAGCGGAUCGCUUGACACGAAUGUGUAUGUGUGGAGCCGCGAGAAGCCGACGAAGAAGAUCUUGAUUGCGAACGCACAUGCGCUGAGUGUCUCUGGAGCCGUAUUCGUGGACGAGGACAGGGUGGUGUCGACUGGUGCGGAUGCCUGUGUCAAGACCUGGAAGCUGACGCACCACAAGUAGACGACUGGACUCCAGCAGGAAGAGGAGUAAUAAAAUUGGUGGCACGGGGCAUGGCUAUUUUGCCAUGACCGCAUUUAAAUCACACCCAUCGCACCCC